AUGAGCGGCGAGAUUAAUGCCGUCUACAUAUAUGACGAGCAAAAUGCCCCUCUUGUCGAGCAUGUAUACCGAUCCCGCCCGCCUUCGGCCUCCGCCAUCCUGCCCCUCUACCUUGCUCAUGCGGCCCCACGUCCCUCCUUGCUGUACAUAGCUACCGCUUCACCGCCGGUGACAGUAUUCUCGACUGUUGAGUCAAAUCUGCUGUUCCUCGCUAUCAGUGAAGUCGACACCGAACCGCUACUAGCACUUGAGUUCCUGCAUCGCGUGGUUGAUGUUCUCGAGGAGUUUGUUGGAGCGCCGCUACUCUCGAGCAAGAUCAAUGCCAAUUACGAUGUUGUCGCGCAGCUACUGAAUGAGAUGUGCGAUGGUGGGGUGGUAUGCAAUACCGAGCCAAAUGCAUUGCAGGAGGUUGUGGAGGUUCCGGGGUGGGUGGAUAAGCUGCUCGGCGGAAUCGGAGUACCUGGAACUUCGACGCCGACUUUGGGAUCUACAAACUCUCUGAAGCAAUCACUGCCAGCUGCCAGCGCAUCCCAGGGCCCUGCCAUUCCCUGGCGACGGCCCGGUGUACGGCACACCUCAAAUGAACUAUAUGUGGAUAUUAUCGAGUCUCUCUCAGUGACUAUGGCGCCUUCUGGUCGACUUCUCUCGGCAUUAGUCUCCGGAACAAUUGCUUUUACCGCAAAGAUAUCAGGUGUCCCGGACUUGCUACUAUCACUAUCGACUCCGGGUGGACAGCAUACCAUUGGCCACAAGAUUGAGCUACCAGUAUUCCACCCGUGUGUCAGACUGGCUAAGUGGAAAGAGAGGCCCGGAGAACUAAGCUUCAUUCCUCCGGAUGGACGAUUCAUUUUGGCUGGAUACGAUGUCGACCUCCUUCCCAUUGAUCCUGACUUGGAUGAGCCACCAAGCCACAUGGAAAAGCUCUUCUUACCUGCCAUUGUGGAUAUUCGCAAAUCACUAGGAACAUCGGGCUCUGAAUUUGAGGUCCGUUUGACUUUGAACACGAAUUUCCCCGGUCAAAGCUCUUCAUCACGGCCUGGGGUUGGCCGGAAUGGGUCCGGUUCAUCAACACCAUCAUUCCUCGGUGGCAGCGGCAGCGGAUCAAAUGCGCCAGCUCUAGAAGAAGUCGUCGUCACUGUACCGAUAUCAAAAUCCGUCAGGCACAUCACGGACAUGCAGGCCAGCCGUGGUGAUGCCCAAUUCACUCACUCAACCGGACUUCUGGAAUGGCGGGUUCCGACUGGCAAGGACGCUGGCACAUUGUCGGGUACUGCUACGCUACGUUGUAGUGUAUCAGGCUAUCCGUCGGCUGACGACGACUUCGAUGACAGCCUCGAGGAUGCAGAUGAGGACGCGAAUGCUACUCUCCUGCAAGGCUACUAUGAGGCCCCUGCAUCAUACAAUGACCCUUCAGUCAGCACAACCAAGAAAACCCGGUCCUCCGACCCAUCGAAACGCAAAAAGAAGAAGAAGAAGGACAAGGAGAAGUCAUCAAAGAAAUCAUCCCGCUCAACCGCUUUAAAAUCCGAGGAUACCGAAGACUCGACUGUGGUUACAGCUACUGCUACUACCCCAUCGCCAGACCACUCCAAACCCGCAACGCCCACACCGAAGCCCCAACCUUCACCUCGACUACAAGCAGACGCAUCUGCCCUCCCCACCUUCUUCGACCCAUCCUCUACAUCCCGUCCUACCCGCAGAACCAAAGCCCAACUGAACGCAAGCCUAAUGCCAAACUCAGCGUCGGUUUCUUUCUCUGUGCGAGGCUGGCUUCCGUCCGGUAUCAAGGUUGAUAGUUUGAACAUUGACCAGCGCCGCAGUCGGGGCUUGGGCGAGAGUGUCAAGCCGUACAAGGGCGUCAAGUAUCUGUGUGUGAGUAAACGCGGAGUUGAACGACGCUGUUGA